GCAACACCACCGGCCGCACGCGCGCAUCAGAGCUCGCACGAGACAGGAACGAACUCAGGAAGAGGACAGAGCAGGGACAUCGAUCGAUCGCCGCGUGCCACACCCAGGAGCACGAGAGCUCCGGCUGCGGCAGGGAUGGGUUCUUUGCAGUACUCGCCGUCGCAGGAGAGCUACGUCAGGCUGCAGGGUCGGCGGUGGCGGCGGGCGGGGGCGAGGGGGUUCCGGCUGUGCCCGAGGAACCGGUUCUCCGUGCGGCGGCUGCGGGCUGAGCUGCUCACGUUCCUGGGCAUCGUCGGCCGCUACGUGCGCCACCUCGUCAGGAGGCUAUCGACCUCGGGCGGCGGCAACGGAUGCGGGCGGAGCGGCAGCAGGAGGGUUCUCGUCGGGGGUGGGAAGGACGCGGCGGCGGCGAGCAAGGGGCCGCGGAGGGCGGCGCCGUUCGCGCGGUCCAACUCGUUCUACUCGCAGGCGAUCGCCGACUGCCUCGAGUUCAUCAAGCGCAACUCCGUGCCCGUCGAGGACUACGGCACCGUCAGCGCCAGGCAAUAGGCGUUCGAGGCUCCGUUUGGAACCAAACAAAAUUGAAGCAAUCAGAAAGUUGCUCGAUUUUGCGUGACAUUUGUUCCAAAUGGAGCCUAGAGACGUGAACCUGAUACAUACACGUACACACGGAUGUAAUAGGGCCGUUUGAAAUUUAGAGUUGCAAAUGUUGAAUUUUUUUUGGCA